ACAAUGGCGGCGAUCAUUAGCGUCGUCAAAUCGUUAAUUGCGGUUCUCACGGCGUCGAUGGCGAUGGUUGCGAUGUCGCCUCCGACUGGAUGCACGACCAGAGAGCUUCUCUUGCUUUCGCCAUGUUUGCCUUUCAUCUCGGCUCCACCGAACAAUCUUUCCGAUUCGGUUCCCUCGUCGUGCUGUGAGGCUUUCUCUUCUGCUUACGGUUCCGGUGGUGGAAUUUGUCUCUGUUAUUUUCUUCGUGACCCUCAGAUUUUGGGCUUCCCGUUGAAUAAUACGAAGCUGAUCGCUCUGUCUUCGAUUUGUCCUCUCAGUGAUGGAACGCAUUUGGAGAUGAAUAGUUCACUAGAUUCGCUCUGUUCUGGUAUGAGUUCGAAACCGUUCUUCCCUCUCUCGCUUUCUCGUUCUUUAUUGACUUCCGGAGUUGCUUGAUUCUUGAACUUCCUCG